ACCGUGGUGCAGAACAGGCUGAGCCUGGCCGCCACACCGGAAGGCGCCCCCGCCAACGGUGCCUCCCUGACGCCGACGUCGCCCGCGCCGCUCGUGGUGCGCACCGACGCGGAGGACCGCAGCACGGACGUGAGCUUCGACGAGGAGUUCCCGUCCGCGCUGCACGGCCGGGCUCUGCGCUCCAGGACGCCGUCGUCGGACAGCCCCUGCCGGUCCGAGGCCGACUCCCCCGUCGAAGACCACCUCCACCGCCACCGCGACUCGCUGCCUGGGUCGCCAGGGUCGUCACCUUUGCCGGGGUCACCGCUGCAACGGCGGGCCUCCCACCAGGCGUCCCCGGCCACGUCGCCGCUGCGGCAGUGCGCGUCGGCGGGCUGCAGCCCUAGACUGUACCUGCACUCGCGGUCGCUGGCGGGCUCGCUGCCCGGCUGCGGCUCCAGCUCGACCGGGGCGCUGGAGCCCGCGCUGCCGCGCCCCAUCUACCCCAACUUCCCCUUCUCGCCGUACGGGUCGCCGCUGUCGUCGCCGAGGUCCGGCCGCCGCCGGCCGCCGCUCCGAGAGUCGCGGCGCGUCUCCAUCGACAAGUCGGGCAGCUUCCUGCAGCUCAACCAGUACCGCCUCAUGGACUCCAUCGGCCAGGGCUCUUUCGGCAUCGUGAAGCUCGCCUACAACGAAGAGGACGACACGCAUUACGCGAUGAAGAUUCUGUCGAAAAAGAAGCUAAUGAAGAAGGCCGGCAUGUUCGGACGCAUCGCGCCCAACCGGGGCAAGGCGGCGCCGGCCAACCCGCUGGACAGGAUCUACCGCGAGAUCGCCAUCCUGAAGAAGCUGGACCACCCGAACGUGGUGAAGCUGGUGGAGGUGCUGGACGACCCGGAGGAGGACCACCUCUACCUCGUGUUCGAGCUGCUGGAGCGCGGCGAGGUGCUCCACGUGCCGACAGACACGCCGCUCAGCGAGGCGCAGGCGCGCCAGUACUUCCGUGACGUCGUCAUGGGCAUCGAGUACCUGCACUACCAGCGCAUCAUCCACCGCGACAUCAAGCCGGCCAACCUGCUGCUGGGCGAGGACGGGCGGGUGCAGAUCGCCGACCUGGGCGUGUGCAACGAGUUCCUCGGGCAGGACGCCUUCCUGUCCUCCACGGCCGGCACGCCCGCCUUCACGGCGCCGGAGGCCCUCAACAGUCGCCAGUUCAGCGGCAAGGCUUGCGACCUGUGGUCCAUGGGCGUCACGCUGUUCUCCCUCGUGUUCGGCGACGUGCCCUUCCUGGACGACAACGUCCUCACGCUGUACCACAAAAUCAAGACGGAGGCGGUGCGCUUCCCCGAGCGGCCCGCCAUCAGCGCCAAGCUCAAGGACCUGAUCGGGCGCCUGCUCACCAAGGACCCCGCGCAGCGCAUCACGCUGGCCGAGGUCAAGGAGCACCCCUGGGUGACGGCGGACGGCGAGGAGCCGCUGCCCUCCGAGGAGGAGAACUGCGUGCUGGUCGAGCUGUCGGACGAGGACCUGGAGGGGGUCGUCACCUCCAUCCCCAAGCUGGACACGCUCAUACUCAUCAAGACCAUGCUCAAGAAGCACUCCUUCCAGAACCCGUUCGCGUCUCGGCCGCUUCCAGAUGAGCGGUCGCUCCAACUCGGCGCCCGGCGCGUACGGCUGGGCCAAGGAGCGCCAAGUGUCCGUGGACAUCCCCUCGGGGCCCACGCUGCCCGCCCUCAAGGAGGUGAGCGGCGCCGAGCCCACCACCGCCACCGCCAUCCCGGAGCCCAUCCGAGAGGAGGCCGCCGACCAGCUGGGCGCGCAGGCGCAGGGCACCGGCAGCAGCUGAGCCCUGCCCAGCGCCCCAGCGCUCCAGCGCCCCAGCGCCCCAGCGCCCAGCGGGGGAGGCGCAACGGGAGGCUGAGGCCAUCACGCCUACCCGGAAACAACUUGCUCAAACCGUCGUCAGUUACUCGCAUCGCGCACAUCGCCCCUUUACCUAUGCUCAGCGUGAAUUUUUUUUGUUUUGAUGUUUUUUUUAAAUAUUUCCUGUUUACAUUAUUUAUUAAUAUAGUAGUAUUUAUUGUUUUUUAAAAUGUCUUGAAGGUCGCCUCUGAAUAACAGUUGUGUCACUUUCCGCUAACUAUAGGGGGACCAAUGAUUUGUUUCUAAUGUCGUCCAUCGACAAGUCCCUGCGUUAGGGUGGAACAAAACUAUUGUUAAGCCAUGUACCUUUAUGAAGCGUUACAAGGAACGCCGAAUAACAAAGUGUAGAAGUAGAGAGAAUGUGUGAGGUGUUCAACAGUGACACCAUUCAAUUAGAAUGAUUGAUUUCCAAAGCGUACAAGUUACAAGAAUAGCUGUUAUCCAUCUGUCUUGUUUCUUCCAAUUGUGCUUACCAUUAAGAGUACUUAAAACGGGGUAAAUCUUUCUUAAAUGUUUCUUGAUCAACUUGUUUAAUGUAUAUAUGUCGUUGGGACUAUUUAUUCUUUUACACUGUUAGUAAUGCUCAGAUUUCCUUUUAUGAGCAAGAAGUUUUAAAAUAAUGCAGGUUUUGUAUUUUUUAAAUUGUGAUCUUCAAUAGUUAGGACCAGUUACUUUUCUUAUCCACUUUGAACCCUUUGCCAUGGGUUUAGUACUAAGUAGCUUGUAGCUGGAGUGCCGCCAUAUGCAGCUCAGUCGGCUGUGAGUGAGAUUGUACAACUUCUCUGUUAUCUCUCAUAAGCCAAGUCAAUCAAACUGUCAUUUUCUUCUUUGUCACACAUCUCACUUACUGUCGCUAACUCAGCACCACUCAUUUUCUCUCAUACCCUUUUUUCUCUUACUUAAAAUUUUAAAAGUCUUUUAAUAGCAAAAACUGUGAUACUGAGAUAUAUUUCAGAGUAAAUACUUAUGUAACAAGGCAAAAUGGGAGUCAAACUUACAUUUUUCUCUGUGCUACUCCUUGCGACACCUUUGAAGGAUGGUAUAUUUCAUUGUAUCUUUUACUAGAGUUGUAGAUCAUUCUUUAAUUCUAAGUUUCCUUGAUUCCCAUUUUAUUAUUCAUGUUUAUGUAUUUUAUUACUUACUUAAUUAGAAAAAUACUUAUUUGCACAACCUUUGUGUAUUUCUCACCUUUGUACUUUCUCUAUUGUUCUUGCACCGACCACUCAUAAAUGUAAUUCUCUGGAACCACCCAAGUAAUAUCUUAAGAGCAGAUACAAAUUUACUAUUAUUCAAAAACUUCAGUAGUCAUAACUAUUCUUUGCCAAAUGUUCUUACCUAAUUAAAAUUGUGAUAUGGCAUCACUAAGUUGCUUGUGUGGUUCAGUAGAUACCUUCGUGAUAUGUAUGUUACCUACAUAUUUCAAAUUUGCUAAAAAUGAAAAUGUAUGGCAUUUCUCUACCAUCUUUUUAAUUCAAGUCAUGACUUUAAAAUACUCAUCUACAGAGUGCUAUUUUAAGUUUAGAUCUGUCUUAGUGGGUUGACAGUCGAUAUUCUGCCUUGAAUAUUUCAUCAGAAGUCGUGGACGGUGACAUAUCAACAACUUGGAAUUGGUGUCUCUCCAUCCUGCAUACUCAAAAUAUGCUCAGCAUAUCACAAUAUACCUUUCUGUUAUAAUAUCUUUGUGCUCUGGUUUGGUGUUCACCAUUUUUCUUGAGACUGAUGGUAUUGUGAUACACUUGCUUCCUUGCCUGUUUAAAUCAGAUCGAAUAGACCAGUGUUGUUUCACAUUUAAAGAACACUGUUUGCUGGUCAAAUGGUGUGCUGUGUCUGGUAUUUGGAAUAUAAGAGAGGAGGAGCAAGAAUAUGUAGAUAGGUGUCUCAAAUGAUGUGAAAUAAAGUUCGUGUUUGGUUCUCUUUUUGACAAAAAUA